AUGAACAUUAUAAGAUUACAGUAAAUAUUGAAAAAAGAAAAUGACUCUGAACAUGAUCUUUAGAAACAAAUGAGUAUGUUUGUCUCCAAUUUAUUAGAUGAUGGAAAAUUAAUUUCAGGAUUUAUUUUUAUCUGGGAAUUUCAAUAAUAAAUAUAAGAAAUAUUAAUGAAUAGGAUGCAAUUGUAUUAUAUUUAUCGUUAAAACAAUAAAAAAAUGUAUAUUUAAUCUGAGUAGAAAUCUAAAACAAGCCAUUUUAUAAAAUAAUCCAAUUAUUCACUUCAUAAAAUUAGCAUAAAUCAAUCUAAAAAUUGGUCCACUUACUAAUUAAUUAAAUAUUCAUAUGAGUUGGAAUGCAGAUAACCUUGAAGAAGGUGAACUUAAACCAGUUGAUUCAACUCCAGUUUGGGGUGGUGAAUAGAGUGCAGGUGGAUGGCAAGUGGAUGAAGUGAAAAAAACUCAAGACUCAAAAUAGGGUCACGAUGAAAUAAAGGAGAAUAAAGACAGCAAUGGUUAAAAUGGAACUGCAGUAGAAUCAGGAGGAUGGGGAGAACAAAAAUAAUAGCAAUAAUCAUCUUGGGGAGAAACUAAAGCUGAUAAUAAUGAUAAUGCUUGGGGUUCAGGAACUACAGGAUUUGGAAGUACUUCAACUGCUGAUAAUGGAGGAUCAUCAUGGGGAGGUGGAUCAAAUUCCUGGGGAAGUGGAGGAAAUUCAGAUAAUUAAUUUUAAUCAGAUCGACCAAGAGGCAGAGGAAGAGGAGACAGAGGAGAUCGUGGAGGUGGUUUUAGAGGUAGAGGAGAUAGAGGAGACAGAGGCAGAGGUGAUGGAUUUAGAGGAAGAGGAGAUAGAGGAGAUCGAGGAGGAUUUAGAGGAAGAGGUGACAGAGGUGGAGAUAGAGGUGAAAGACGAGGAGGAUAUAGAGGAGGAAGAGAUAAUGGCGGAAGUUGGGGUGGAAAUUCAAAUAAUAAUAAUGGAGGAGGUAAUACUUGGGGAAAUAAUGGAGAAAGUAAUUCAUGGGGAAAUUCAGAAAAUAAAGAUAAUUCUGGAGGUGGUUGGGGAAGUACCACAACAAAUGAAUAACCUGCUUAGAGCGGUGGAUGGGGAAGUUCAACAGAACAACCAGCUCAAUCUGGAGGAUGGGGAAAUUCUACUCAAUAACCAGCUCAGUAAACAUCAGAAGGUUGGGGAAAUAAAACAGAUUAACAACCAUAAUAAGCAGAAUAAACUUAAGGUGGAUGGGGUUCUACAACAGAAUAACCAAAAUAAUCAACUGGUGGUUGGGGGUAAACAACUGAAUAACCAGUUUAAUAAUCUAACGGAUGGGGAAGUUCUACCUAAGAGUAGCCACCCUAAUAAUCUGGAGGAUGGGGAUCAUCAAAUACUGAAUAACCUCCAUAAUAAUCAGGAGGAUGGGGAUCAUCAACAACAGAAUAACCACAAUAAUAAGGAGGUUGGGGAUCAACAACAUAAGAUUAACCUUAAUCAGGAGGAUGGGGAUCUACAACCGAAUAAGCAACAACAUCAGGCGGUUGGGGAAAUAGUGAUCAACCAGCUUAAUCAAGUGGAGGCUGGGGAGGUUCAUCAGAUUAAUAAAAUGGAAAUUCUUGGGGAGGAUCUGGAGAUGGGCAAAGAGGUAGAGGAAGAGGCGAUAGAGGAGGAUUCAGAGGCAGAGGUGAUGGUUUUAGAGGAAGAGGAGAUCGAGGAGGAGGAGACGGAUAUAGAGGAAGAGGAGAUGGUUAUAGAGGAAGAGGAGAUCGAGGAGGAGGAGAAGGAUAUAGAGGAAGAGGAGAUAGAGGAGACAGAGGAGGAUUUAGAGGAAGAGGUGAUAGAGGAGAUAGAAGAGGUGGAUUCAGAGGAGGCAGAGAUAAUGAAAAUUCAGGUAAUGGUGGAAGCUGGGGAGGAUCAUCAAAUGAUUAAGGUGGUGGAGGAUGGGGAUCUUCAACAACUGAAUAACCUGCCACAAGUGGAGGUUGGGGAUCUACAGCAACUGAAUAACCUGCCUCAAGUGGAGGAUGGGGAUCUACAGCAACUGAAUAACCUGCCUCAAGUGGAGGAUGGGGAACUACAGCAACUGAGUAACCUGCAACAAGUGGAGGUUGGGGAACUACAGCAACAGAAUAACCAGCUUAAAAUGGAGGUUGGGGAUCCUCUAAAACAACUGAAUAACCGGCCUUAAGUGCAGGUUAGGGAUCAACAGCAACUGAAUAACCAGCCUAAAAUGGAGGAUGGGGAAGUACAGCAACAGAAUAACCAGCAUAAAAUGGAGGUUGGGGAUCUUCUAAAACAAAUGAAUAACCAGCUUAAAAUGGAGGUUGGGGAUCUACUGCAACUGAAUAACCUGCAGCAAGUGGUGGUUGGGGAACUACAGCAACUGAAUAACCAGCUUAAAGUGGUGGUUGGGGUAGUACAGCAACUGAAUAACCAGCUUAAAGCGGAGGAUGGGGAAGUACAGCAACAGAAUAACCAGCUUAGAAUGGAGGUUGGGGAAGCUCUGAUCCUCCAUAACAAAGUAAUGGUGGUUGGGGAAGCAGUAAUAAUGAUUAACAGUAAUCUAAUGGAUGGGGUUCGAAUAAUCACUAAUCUAAUGGAAAUGGUGAAAGAGGAAGAGGCCGAGGUAGAGGGCGAGGUCGAGGUGGAGAUAGAGGAGGAGAUAGAGGAUAGAAUAGAGGAUUUGAUAGAAAUAAUAAUAAUGAAAAUGGUGGUGGAGGAGAUUUCCCAACAUCAAAAAGAGUUAAACCUAACCCUGUAGUUAUUACAAUAUCAGAUGACGAAAAUGGUAAAGCAUCUCCUCAAUUCAGUGAGGAUGAAUAAGAGAAAGCAAAUAUAAUUAAUGAAGCCUUAAAAUAAGCAGUUGAUGCCAAACCAAUUAAAUUAUAAUUACCAGAAUUAGAUGCUAAAUUUUCACCUCUUUUUAAUCCUGAACCUGAUCCUGAUAGUUUAAAAACUGAUAAUUUAUGUCAUUUAAAGGGAGGUCUUUAUCCUCAUGAAUAAUAUAAAAAGGUGAAAUUUGUAUAUACAGGAGGAAUUAAAGUAGACUCAGAUAGAUAGCCAGUUGUAAAUUUAGUUACUUUUGAUAAUGAUUUAGAAUUUAUUGAAUCUUGUCCUAAAGUGGAUUUAGCUGAAAAAUAAGGAAUCGAAACUGUGUUUUUGAGUCCGUUAAUAAAUGAAUAUAGAAUUCUUAAAAAUGAAUUAGUAUAAUUAAGAUAAGAAGAGAGGAGAACAUAAAUUAGGAGAUAAUACAUGGGGGUAGUGGAGGGAAUAGAUAAAUAAAAUUAAGAUUUAAUAUGUUAAGUUGGAUUAGCAUUGCUGAAAGAAUAGAAAGCAAUAAAAUUGAAAUAUGGAUUCUUAUUUGCUGAAUUGACACUCUUUCAUAUUAAAUAAGUAUUUGGAAAUUUGGAUUAUGCAGAACAUCAAUCAUUAUAAGCAAUAGAAAAAGAGUUGCGACCAACUAAUUUAGUUUUUGUUGUUUCCAUAACUUAGAAAUGGUUAAAUGAUGUGCCAAAAUUGAAAUGUAGAAGAAGAAAAGAGUUGUUAUGA